GUAGUAGCACAGCUGAAUGUCUGCCUCAGCACUGGCACAGAGGAGUGAAGACACACAGACGAUACAGAGAGAAAGAGGAGAGGGUCGCCUGCAGCUUCUGUCUCUACCAUCACUCCAGAUAAUUUUGUAUCAUCGACAUGACCCUGUUCAGCCCCAGAUAUAUGAGUGUGAGUGGAGAGCUGAAGUCCAGCCGCUCGAGGGCUGCGAGUAAGAGGAGUAACACUGGCACUUACGGAUCAGAUGUGGACCUGGAAUAUGACAGCUAUCACGAUGAUUACUAUGACAGAGUGUAUGACACCCAGCGUGUCCCAGCUUCCUCGUCUCCGGUGCCGCUGGGAGCCAGUCCAGCCAAACGUCCACGUUCCUCCUGCUACUCCUCCAGACACAGACACAGUCGGGACAGAAGCCACUCCAAAUGCUCCAGAGCUCACUCUUCAAGUUCAAACACAGCCAAGUUGGGCCUGGAGGAGCUGCAGGUGAUAAAGAAGGAGCUGACUCUGAUAAAGACACAGAUCGAUGGUCUGCUCGACAGUCUGGACAGGAUGGACACACAGAGGACUGAGCACAAAGGGUCUCCCCCGAGAGAGGACAGUCCAGCUGGCUCUCAGUACUCUCCAUCGGCCAGCAGCCCAGAACACUCCCGCUCCUCACUGUCCCCUCCCUACCGCCACCGAAUCCACAGGGAGAGCCCCGAGCUGGACACAGAUGACCACCACACAGUGAUCAAUCAUCACUCUGAGGAAGAAAUAUGAACGUACUGAAGAUGUACAGUGGAGGUCAUAGAGCAAGUGCCAAACGAGGACAAGAACUAUCAUCAGACAAAUGUCUACAACAAUAUCAACAAAGACAAUAUUAUUUUUACGGCUCGACUGAAGACCUCAAUUACAUGUUGUUUUCUUUUUUUAAAAGAAGACAUAUUAUGCUUUUUCCGGGCACUACUUAUUAAUGAACUUGACUUUCUGUAACAAAAUACAGAAGUGAGAGGCACUGUUUCAUUAUAGAACUAUUUCACUGUAGCAGCAGACUUUCAUGUACAUGUUUUUAUUUUUCCAAAAUGCAACGCAACAUUUGUGAGCCCUAUGUAUAUGACCUGGAGUCAGUUUUAUUUUGAAGAAUUAUACUGGCCACAGAGAGUUAAAAAUUAACUUUAAUACUGAAGCUAAAUUAUUCAAACAAGCAGGAAUCAAUCAAAAUACAACUUUCAGUAUGUAAAUGAUAGGAAAACCUUAACACGGUUAAAAACAAUUCAAGUUUGCAUAAUAUGUCUCCUUUAAGAUAAUCUGAACCAUACAAGGAUAAUUUUACAAAAAAAUAUUAUAAUAGAACCUAAGAAUUGACGAAUAAUGUCUUUUUUUAAAGUGAAAUGCUGUUAGCUGUUCCCAGAUGAUAAAAAGCAAAACAAGAUUCUUAUUUGAAAAGUAUUAGUACAAAAUAAAAAAGGGGCUGAAUUGGACCUACUUUGAAUAGUUUUAAAAUAAUUUGAUUCUAUAGUUGAACAAAAUAAGACCUUGUGCUAAUAAUAAAGAUACUAUAAUUAUUAUUUACAUUGCAUUAUCUACAUGGUGUUUUAAAAUGAUUAAUGUGGUAUCAGAAAUUGGUAUGUUGCGUCUUUUCCUUAGUAUAAAUAUUUAGUUCAAAGUUUUUGCAUAAUUAAAACAACAAUUUAGACAACACUGUAAAAAAAGAAAACUAAAGUAACACAUACUCAUCCAACAAGAUGUUAGAAACAUUUUGCACUAGUAAAAUACAAGCCUUACUGGUUUGAGAAGAAAAUACUUUUAAAGCUCCCAACAAACCACAGUAAGUUACACCUUCAAGAUCUUAGGUAAACAAAUACUUUGGAAGUACAUAAAUGACUGAACUGUGAUUUUUGGCUCUCGUCAUUAAACCCUAAGACUAUAAAGAAAUAAUGCUGGGUCUCUUUCCCUUUGUAAUCGGCAAACUUAAACAAGUAAAAGCCGAACCAUUGUACAGUAAUGCAUAUCAAUGUAAAAUUGUCUACUUUAGAAAUACUUUGAGUUUAAUAUGGUGAUGUAAGAUAUGGUGUUCAUGUUUGUAAGGCUAUUUAGGUAAGCCAGGUGAAAUGAUCAUUGUAUCAGUAAUAAAAGUAUUUUUCCUAUUGCCU